AUGGAUGGAGCGGCGACAACGAUAAGUGGAGCAAUAAGCACCACGGCCAAUGCACUACGAGAUGCAUUCGUUGAGGGCCGUUUCUCAGACAUCACCGUCGAUGUCAAGAACACAAAAUUCCGCCUGCAUCGAGUGGUCCUGUGGCAGAUUCCAUAUUUCAGGUCCCUGUUCCAGGGCAACUGGAAGGACUCAGACCAGGACCUGCUCAGGCUGGACGCCGCGGACCCCCUGGUGACCGCGGAGGCCUUCCAGGCCGUCGUGCGCACCGUCUACCACCUGCCCAUGGCCCUCACCCUCCAGAACGUCCUCAGCAUCCACGCCGCGGGCUCCUUCCUCCAGAUGGAGGAGCUCUGCGUCAAGUGCGUGGACUUCAUCUCCGACCACCUGUCCGUGGACAACGUCGUGUCCUUCACGCUCAUCGCCGACGCCUACGAGUACAUGGCGCGCAAGCGCCUGGCGGAGGCCUGCAAGCGCUUCCUCCUGGUGCACGCCACCGACCUGCGCGACCAGCUGUCCAAGCUCACCGUCGCCAGCUUGCGCGACCUCUUCGCUUCGGACAGCCUGUGGGUGCCCUCCGAGUACGACCGCUUCACGCUCAUCAUGGAUGCCUUCGCCCCCAAGCUGGAGGCCGCCGGCAAGAAGAGCCGCGCGAAGGCCGCGCCUGGCGUCGCCGGCGGCGACCAGUGGGGCCCCGACGGCGCCUGGCGCUGGGCCUCCCUCCCCCACGCCCAGAUCCUGUCCGCGGGGUACGACGACUUCCCGAGGGAGUCCGAGGACUCCGUGCGCCGUGCCCUGGAGUCCAUCCUGGCCACCUCGCUCCACUUCGAGUACCUCAGCCUGGAGGACGGCCGCGCGGCGUGCGCGCGCUGCGCCGAGCUCAAGAUGUGCGGCGCCAUGGAGGCGCUGCUGGUCGGGCGGUUCAAGGCCGAGGCGCUGCAGGCCACGAUCCAGAGCCAGGGGGCGGCGGCGGCCGUGCGGGCGCCCGCGCAGGGCGAGGACCCCCCGCAGCCCUUCGACAAGGACCUGGGCACGUUCCGGUUCGGAGUGGAGCUGGCUGACGCCAAGGGGCUGCGCCCCGACGGCUACUGGGCCUCCGGGCGGGUGUUCUUCGGGGGGUCGGAGUGGUGGCUGGUGGUGCAGCGCCGGCAGCGCAAGAACUACACGGGCCACCCCUACGGCGUGUUCCUGUACCGCGAGAGCGCGGACACGGAGCGGCGGCUGUACAGCGACCGGCGCAGCCAGCUGGCGGUGGAGGUGGAGUUCCUGUGCGCCGGGCGGCGCCACCCGGACAAGCGCCGCAAGUUCCGCAACUGGGACUACUGCGCGGACUGGGGCUUCUGGCAGUUCCUGGUGGAGGACGAGCUGGACAUGUACCUGACCGCGAAGGACUCCCUGCGCUUCGGCGUGCUGGUGAGGCUGGCCUUCGGCUCCAGCCCCUCGGGCGCCGGCUACGCCCAAGACGGCUGA